CCAGAGGGCCUCUAGACCUCGGUUCCUGACUCCUGGCAGCUGUGGCUUCAUGGGCUGCCGGACUCUUGAGGAGGAAGUUUGUACCCAUUUGGUCAAGGAGAGUUGAGGGGUCAGUGUUGUGAAAACCAGGGACUGUGGAGUUUGAGUCCAGAGCCUGCUCCAUCAACACCGCUUGUUACCCAGUGCAGCACCCAGUAGGCGCUUCAUAAUUGUUCAUGGAAUGGGAACAUGAAGAGCUGAGAGGGAAGAGGCCAUCUGAACACAGGAAGGCUCCAGCCUGGGUGAGGGAGAGCAUUCUAGGUCAGGACUGUGUGAAGGAGAUUCUGAUCCUAAAAUGCCAAAACGACAGAGUGAUCUGUUCAGUCUUUUAAAUGUGAAGAAGGUGAAAACAGACACAGAAAAUGAGAUGAAUGAAAACCAUUGUGGAGCGUGGAAGCCCAAGGAACCCACUUUUGAGCCUGUUGAACAGCUUCUUAUUGAAGAAAAGCCAUCAUGUUCAUCAAAGGAAGAAAUCGAAAUCGAUAAUCUUAUGCUUCCAGAUUGUUGGAACAAAAAGCAAGCCUUUCUAUUCACACAGCAGUACAAAUGGCUUGAGAUAAGAGAAGGUAGAUUAGGAUGUAAGGAUUGUUCGACCGUUCAGCACUUAGGGAUGAGAGCAGAAAAGCAUGUCCAUGUCUCCAAAGAGUGGAUUGCGUACUUGGUAACCCCAAAUGGAAGUAAUAAAAUUACUAGACAAGCUUCUUUACGAAAAAAAAUGAGAGAACACGAUGUUUCUAAAGCCCAUAAUAAAAUUCAAGAUUUGUUAAAAGAAUCUCCUUCCAGUGACUCAGUUUCCAGUUUUCUUCCUAAACCAAGUAACAAAAACAUUGAUGCUACUGUAAAAGUUUUCAAUACUGUUUACAGUUUAGUAAAAUGUAACAGGCCUUUAUCUGACAUUGAGGGAGUGAUAGAAUUACAAGAGGAAAAAGGAGUCGAUAUAGGCAGUUGUUUACAUACAAGGUACAGUGCAACAAGAAUAGCAGAACACAUUGCAAAAGAAAUUAAGACGAAGAUAUUUAAGAAUAUUAUAGAAGAGAAUGCCAAAAUCUGUGUCGUAAUCGAUGAGACGUCUGCAAUUUCGAAGAAAAGCUCCCUAGUGAUUUAUCUCCACUGUGCAGUCUGGUCAGCUCCAUCACCUGUGGUGUUAUUUGUUGCUUUAAAAGAAUUGGUGUCAACCACAGCAGAGUGUAUUUUCAGUACAUUAUUGUCUGCUUUAAAUGAUUGUGGCUUUCAUAAUGAAUAUUUGAAAGCCAACUUGAUUGCGUUUUGUUCUGAUGGUGCUAAUACGAUGUUGGGAAGGAGGUCUGGAGUAGCUGUGAAGCUGUUGGAGAACUUUCCCAAGGUCAUCAUUUGGCACUGUCUGAAUCAUCGAUUGCAGUUGUCACUUGAUGAUUCGAUAUCUGAAAUAGAACGAGUUAAUCAUUUUAAAAUGUUUCUUGAUAAAACGUAUUCCAUUUAUCACCAGUCUAAUAAAAAUCAAACUGAGCUAGAAGCUAUUGCUAAAGAACUUGAACUUGAAAUUAUUAAAAUCGGUCGAGUCCUUGGACCAAGAUGGGCAGCGUGUAGUCUACGAGUUGCCACUGCUGUAUGGCGCGCAUAUCCUGAAUUAUAUAGAAAUUUUUCGCGUUCUUCUUCUUAUUCUGGUUUGGCAAAGAGAUUAACUAACAUCAGUUUCUUGCAAGACCUUGCGUUAAUGAUUGACAUUCUUGAAGAAUUUUCAUUACUUUCAACUGCAUUGCAGUCAAGUUCAACUAACAUUCAAAAAGCUCAACAAUUAAUCAAACAUACCAUAAGAGCUUUGGAAAAUUUAAAGAUUUGUGCUGGAAAGUGUGAAUCUCAAAUUGAAGGUAUGAUUAAGUCAGAUAAGUUUAAAGGCAUUCCAUUUAAUAAAAAUAAUAAAUUUAAUACUCUUCCUAGAAACAUGUUAUUAGAACAUAUAAUUCAGCAGAUGAACUCACGUCUUUUAUUGGAGAGGAACAACGAUGAAAGCAUUUUAAGUUAUUUUGAUUUAUUAGAACCAUCUACUUGGCCUCAUAAAGAACUAACUUCACCCUGGAUAGCUGGUGAAAGAAAGUUGUCUCAUUUGAAUGAGAUUUUAAAAUAUGAAAUUGAUUUGAAUGAUUUUCGGGAUUUUGUAGAUAAUAAUGUAAAAUCAAACAAUGCUCCAAUCCCUGAAACCAUACAAAAAGCUAAGAAAAUAGUUAGCAGCAUUGCUGUCAGUAGUGCUGAAGCAGAGAGAGGUUUUGGUUUAAUGAACAUAAUUUGUACGAGGGUAAGAAGUAGCUUAAAAGUUGAUCACAUAUCAGAUUUCAUGACAAUAAAUUUACUGGGAAAAGAAUUAGCAGAUUGGGAUGCAACUCCGUUUGUCAAAUCAUGGUUGAAGUGCAACCACAGGUUAGCUACAGAUACAAGAGUUCGGAAAAAAUCAACAAAAGCAUUCUAUGAAAAUCAACUAGCUCUGUGGAAUUCACAGUAAGAGUUUUGUAUAGCUUAUUGUUAUUUGUAAAUGUAUAUACAUACUUUAUAUCAGUAAAAUUUAUAAU